AUACGCGUUACAAGAGUUGCUCGCAGCUACACGAUACACAGAGCGCCUCCACCGCCCACCCGCUCGCAUGCGAAGUGGAGCUAUUGUCAGAGCGGCAAGAUAAAACUCUUGAGCACCUAUUCCGGGCUGUCGCUCUCACUGACGACGUACGGCGCCGUUUCGCCGGAACGAAACCUCCUUUGCCGCAUGUACGUGCACCUUUCCUGCGUUAGCGCUCGUCUGUGUAGCUGAACCACGCGGACGUCAAAGCGUGAGUGGACCUGGCGUGAUGCAGCGCUAAUUACUGCUUUUCAACCUAUAGACCCACUCCCAGAUUGCGCGGUGAGGAACGUCAGCCGGCGGCACCUUGCCUGUAUCGUCCAGGACGCAGUGCCUGCCGCCGAAGGAACGCCGCCUCCGAGGACGGUCUACGCGAUCGCCGACGCGACGUGAACAGCGGAGUGCACCUCGUCGGUGCACAUGGGAUGCGUUGAGUCUUGUGACGCAGACGAGGUAGACAGCCGAGCAGCCAUGUCCACGUACCAGCCUCCUCCGCCACCUGGCAGCGACAUGUACGUGCCGCCGCCUCCGCCAUCCGACCAGGUGGACAGCUACCAGUCACCCGUGGGAACCGACUACUGCCCACCACCGGCACCGGACACUGUGGACUCGGCGGCCACCUACCAGCCGCCCACUUUCAGCUACCAGCCGCACGGCGCAGGGUACACGCCAGGCAGCACCUACGUGCCGCCUGCGCACCCCGGCGACAGCUACCAGCCGCCCAGCGAGCCGGCCUUCUACAGCGGCGACACGUACACGCCGCCUCCCGCUCCGGGUGGCGACGCGUACUGCCCGCCACCCGAGCCAGGGUACGACGCCCCGCAAGACUGCUACGUGCCUCCGCCACCCCCAGAAGAUUGAUACCAAUAAAGGAGUAUACAGAGUGA